AUGAGCUGCGUGAAAACUUUGGUCCAUACCGUGGAUUCGCCGCUGUAUGGCGCUGUUGAGCUGGUCGCCACGAUCCCGACGGAGCUGGAGAAUGCCAGGAUCCCGAUUUCUGUGGUUCUCGGGUUCGCGGACGACUCAGCAGAAGCACCUAUGCGUCUGCUGAGCUACCACUACGCCCUCCCAUACCGCACGACGCAGCAGGUGGUCGGAACAGCGUUGCUGGACACCAGCAACGACUGGGUCAGGGACGUCACCAGACAACUGGCGACGCUGAUCAGCAAGAAGUUCGGCAGACCGUGCUACGUCGGGUGGUCCAACGGCGCGGGCCAGCAGCGCUCGGUGGACCAACUAUUCGUUAUUAAGCAAUGUAUACAGUUCAUAAGCGACAACUACGCCUCCUAA